AUGUGCUAUUGUCUCUCACCAGUGGCCCCCAUGGACAUCAAACUUACCACUAACUUUGUAUAUAUACACAUACGUAGAAAGUCUGUUUGUGCAAAACACAAGUCUUACUUGCUGUGUAUUACUCAAAAUCCUUCAUUCCUUUUCUUUUUAACUCAUUAUUUGAAGUUACAAAAGUAUCUCGCAAUGGGUAUCAAAAUGAGUCCCCUUAUUCAAGGUACAAGAAUCUUGAGGAGGUUUUCAAAUUCCGGAGGUGUUCCAAAAGGACAUUGUGCAGUAUAUGUAGGAGAGAGCCAGAAGAAGAGAUUCGUCGUGCCAAUAUCUUACUUGAGCCAGCCUUUAUUUCAAGACUUGUUAACUCAAGCUGAAGAACAGUUUGACUUCAAUCAUCCAAUGGGUGGUCUCACAAUACCUUGCAAAGAGGACGUGUUUGUUGAUCUCACAUCCUGCUUGAGAUCAUGA